UCACAUUCUGUGUGCUCUUGUUUUAAUUAAAAUUCGUUAAAAGCAAUCAAAUCUAGAAAUGGGGUGGGUGAGCUUUUUUGUAUUUUACCGUGACAAAGAGAGUCAUUGUUCUGUAUACACAAAACCUUUCUGUUAUUCUCUGCACCCUACAAAUGACUUCUUCUUUUUUUCUUAGUACUGUUACAGCUGCAAUAGGUUUCUUCAUGCUUUUUAGAAAAUUCAGAUUACAAAAAGAUAACAAAGAAAAAGAUGAUUCUGCUUCUUUACCUCCUUCAUCAUCAGUUCCUCCAUCUCAGAGUUGGACACACCAAGUCUUUCCGAGCUUCCGCGGAGAAGAUGUCCGUAGAGCUUUCUUAGUCAUAUUCAAAAGGAGUUUCAAAGAAAAGGAAUCACACCUUUCAAUGAUAAUGAGAUCAAGAGAGGAGAAUCCAUUAGUCCUGAACUUGUACUAGCAAUCAGAGGUUCUAGGAUUGCACUCAUCUUACUCUCUAGGAACUACGCUUCUUCGUCUUGGUGUCUUGAUGAAUUAGCGGAGAUAAUCAAGUGUAGAGAAGAGUUUGGUCAAACUGUGAUGGUUGUUUUCUAUAAAGUUGAUCCUUCUGAUAUAAAGAAGUUGACUGGUGACUUUGGGAGUGUUUUCAGAAAAACAUGUGCUGGUAAAACAAAUGAGGACACUAGGAGAUGGAUACAAGCUCUAGCAAAAGUGGCAACACUUGCCGGUUACGUUUCAAACAACUGGGAUAAUGAGGCGGUCAUGAUUGAAAAAAUCGCCACUGAUAUUUCAAACAAGUUGAAUAAGUCCACACCAUCUAGGGAUUUCGACGAAUUAGUUGGGAUGGGAGCUCAUAUGGAAAGGAUGGAACUAUUGUUAUGCCUAGACUCUGAUGAAGUGAGGAUGAUAGGGAUUUGGGGUCCGUCUGGGAUUGAUAACAUCGAUCAGUCAAUGCAACUAGAUGCUAUCGCAAAAGAAACUCGGUGGUUCGGUCAUGGAAGUCGGAUUAUCAUCACAACACAAGACCAAAAACUUUUGAAGGCACAUGGCAUCAACCAUAUUUACAAGGUGGAUUAUCCGUCAACACAUGAAGCUUGCCAAAUCUUUUGUAUGUCUGCUGUUGGUAAAAAGUUCCCUAAAGAUGAGUUUCAAGAACUUGCAUUGGAAGUCACAAAUCUUUUAGGUAACCUACCAUUGGGACUAAGAGUUAUGGGCUCUCAUUUUCGGGGAAUGUCUAAGCAGGAGUGGAUAAAUGCACUACCAAGGUUAAGGACUCACCUUGAUUCUAAUAUUCAAAGCAUUUUAAAGUUCAGUUACGAUGCCUUAUGUCGUGAAGAUAAAGAUUUAUUCCUUCACAUAGCAUGCACUUUCAACAAUAAAAGGAUUGAGAACGUGGAAGCGCAUCUUACACAUAAGUUCUUGGAUACAAAACAACGAUUUCACGUAUUAGCAGAGAAAUCUCUCAUAUCUAUUGAAGAAGGAUGGAUAAAGAUGCAUAAUCUGUUAGAACUGUUGGGUAGAGAAAUUGUAUGUCAUGAGCAUGAAUCCAUUCGAGAGCCUGGGAAGCGUCAAUUUUUGGUUGAUGCUAGAGAUAUUUGUGAAGUACUCACUGAUGACACGGGUAGUAAAAGUGUUGUAGGUAUAUAUUUCAAUUCAGCUGAGCUAUUAGGCGAAUUAAAUAUAAGUGAAAGAGCUUUCGAAGGAAUGUCUAAUCUUAAAUUCUUAAGAAUCAAGUGUGACCGGAGUGAUAAAAUGUACUUACCGCGAGGUUUAAAGUAUAUAUCUCGAAAACUUAGAUUACUAGAAUGGGAUCGUUUUCCACUGACAUGUUUGCCUUCCAAUUUUUGUACGGAGUACCUUGUCGAACUAAACAUGCGACACAGCAAACUUGUGAAGCUGUGGGAAGGAAAUCUGUCGCUCGGAAACCUCAAGUGGAUGAAUUUGUUCCAUUCGAAGAACUUAAAGGAGCUACCUGAUUUCUCAACUGCCACUAACCUUCAAACAUUGAUUCUUUGUGGAUGCUCAAGUUUGGUGGAGCUGCCUUACUCUAUCGGCAGUGCCAAUAAUCUCCAGAAAUUGCAUCUUUGUAGGUGCACCAGUCUAGUGGAGCUGCCCGCUUCUAUUGGAAACCUUCAUAAAUUGCAAAAUGUGACCUUAAAAGGAUGCUCAAAGCUAGAGGUUGUUCCUACCAACAUCAACUUGAUACUUGAUGUUAAAAAGUAUAAAAACAGAGAAAACAGGGGACUCUGUUCUAAAAAAGAAAUAUAAUGAAUCUGAGCA